AUGCAGAGACACAUUUGUGCGAGGAACCUAAGACGUCUCUCCUCCUUGAGGAGCCCUUGCCUAUCUAGGAGAUUCCAGUCUUCAUCAUCCGUUCCGGUCAACAAUUCCAACAACGAUGAGGUUCUGCUUUUGCAGCAGAAACAAAUGUACGACGAAAUCCGUGCAGAGUUAAAGUCCCUUUCGGAAAUUCCUGAAGAUGAAAUGCUACCUGAACUGAAAAAGUCAUUAGGGGAAGGCGAACUAUCCGCCAAGGAACAACUAUUGGAAAAUGAGCUGAACGAGUUCUUCAAGAGUUWUGCUCAGUCGAACAAGCUGUUUGAAAACGCCACAUCUGCUGGACAAUCUUCGGCAGCAGUUGCAGCAGUCAAUACCACAAGCAAGCCUUACCCUAAUCUUAUACCUUCCACCAACGACAAACCGUAUACUUCUCAGGAACUUUUCUUGCGUCAAUUCAGGCACUCUAUGCAUACCGCUAAAUUAGGCUCCACCAUAUCGAAGGUGUACUUCCCCCACAAAGACAUUUUCUACCCACCUCUUCCUGAAGCCAUUACCGUCGAGAACUUGUUAUCUGCUGGUGUCCACUUGGGCCAGUCCACCUCGCUUUGGAGGUCUUCCACGCAAUCUUACGUAUACGGCGAAUAUAAGGGCGUCCAUAUAAUAGAUCUGAACCAAACACUGUCUUGUUUGAAAAGAGCCGCCAAGGUUGUGGAGGGCGUUUCGGAAUCUGGCGGGAUCAUCUUGUUCCUGGGAACAAGGAAGGGACAGAAAAGAGGCUUGGAGGAAGCCGCCAAGAAAACGCAUGGCUAUUAUGUCUCCACAAGAUGGAUCCCGGGCACUUUGACUAACUCUACAGAAAUUUCGGGUAUUUGGGAAAAGCAGGAAAUCGACUCUCAUGACACACCCACACAAAGAGAACUAUCUCCAAACGAAACAUCGAAACAGGUCAAGCCCGACUUGCUAGUCGUGCUCAACCCUACAGAAAACAGAAACGCUCUGCUGGAGGCCAUCAAAUCAAGAGUUCCCACCGUUGCAAUCAUCGAUACGGACUCCGAACCCUCCCUGGUCACUUAUCCUAUCCCAGGUAAUGAUGACUCUUUGAGGUCCGUCAACCUUUUACUAGGUGUUCUGGCUAGAGCUGGCCAGAGAGGCUUACAAAACCGGUUGGCACAAAAUAACAAGAAUUAG